UCAGGUGGCAAUACUGCUGACGAUAAUUCCAGUUCAAACCAAAAUACUAAUGAAACUACUCCGCCGCAACCCGCUCCUGACCAACCAACCCAGGAGGAAAUUAAUAAUUCCAAAGAAAAACUGGAACAGGCUAAACAAGGAGGUAAUAAGGAUGAGUUAUCUGAAGCCAUAAAAAAAGAUGAAGAAUUAAAAGAUAAAGGAGUUAAAUCAUCCGAAAAUGAGGCAGCUAAUAAAUCAGCUCGGGAAGAGUUAGCGAAAAAUAAAGAAGAUUACCGGAAAACAAUUUUCGAAGCAACCCAAAAAAAAUUGACUAACAAUGGUGUUAACAAAGACGAAUUAGGAGCAGAAGCCAAAACCAAAUUUCAAAAGUUAGAAAAUGGCGAAAUUACCGAAAAAUCUGCCGUUGAUGAAGCGGAACAAGAAAUAGUUAAAGAAGUUUAUGAAAAAGCCGCUACUAAAAAAUAUUCUGAUUUAGAAAGACGGGUUAAUCAGGCCCUCAAAGUAGAUAAAGAUAAGAAAAAAUUGGAAGCAUUGAAGAGUGAAUUAUCACAGUUUAUUAAUAAUUCUAAUUACCAAGCCAAAAAAUCCUCUGCCGAAGCAUUGAUGAAGAAAGUAGAGGUUACUCUUCAAAAUAAUACUUCUGAUGGUAACAAAGGUGAAUUUCCAUGA